GCGCGGGCUCUCUCUAGCAGGGGGCUGCAGCCAUGAAGAGGCUCUUAGCUGCCGCUGGCAAGGGCGUGCGGGGCCCGGAGCCCCCGAACCCCUUCAGCGAACUGGUGUACACUGAGAAGGACUACGGGACCAUCUACUUCGGGGAUCUAGGGAAGAUCCAUACAGCUGCCUCCCGGGGCCAAGUCCGGAAGCUGGAGAAGAUGACAGUAGGGAAGAAGCCCGUCAACCUGAACAAAAGAGAUAUGAAGAAGAGGACUGCUCUACACUGGGCCUGUGUCAAUGGCCAUGCAGAAGUAGUAACAUUUCUGGUAGACAGAAAGUGCCAGCUUAAUGUCCCUGAUGGCGAAGGGAGGACACCUCUGAUGAAGGCUCUACAAUGCGAGAGGGAGACUUGUGCAAAUAUUCUCAUAGAUGCUGGUGCUGAUCUAAAUUAUGUAGAUGUGUAUGGCAACACGGCUCUCCAUUAUGCCGUUUAUAGUGAGAAUUUGUUAAUGGUGGCAACACUGCUGUCCUAUGGUGCAGUCAUCGAGGUGCAAAACAAGGCUAGCCUCACACCCCUUUUACUGGCCAUACAGAAAAGAAGCAAGCAAACUGUGGAAUUUUUACUAACAAAAAAUGCAAAUGCAAACGCAUUUAAUGAGUCUAAAUGCACAGCCCUCAUGCUUGCCAUAUGCGAAGGCUCAUCAGAGAUAGUCGGCAUGCUUCUUCAGCAAAAUGUUGACGUCUUUGCUGAAGACAUACAUGGAAUAACUGCAGAACGUUAUGCUGCUGCUUGUGGAGUUAAUUACAUUCAUCAACAACUUUUGGAACAUAUACGAAAAUUACCUAAAAAUCCUUAAAAUACCAAUCCAGAAGGAACAUCUACAGGAACACCUGAUGAGGCUGCACCCUUGGUGGAAAGAACACCUGACACGGAUGAAAGCUUGGUGGAAAAAACACCUGACAAGGCUGCACCCUUGGCGGAAAGAACACCUGACACGGAUGAAAGCUUGGUGGAAAAAACACCUGACGAGGCUGCACCCUUGGCGGAAAGAACACCUGACACGGAUGAAAGCUGGGUGGAAAAAACACCUGACGAGGCUGCACCCUUGGCGGAAAGAACACCUGACACGGCUGAAAGCUUGGUGGAAAAAACACCUGACGAGGCUGCACCCUUGGCGGAAAGAACACCUGACACGGAUGAAAGCUUGGUGGAAAAAACACCUGACGAGGCUGCACCCUUGGCGGAAAGAACACCUGACAUGGAUGAAAGCUUGGUGGAAAAAACACCUGACGAGGCUGCACCCUUGGCGGAAAGAACACCUGACAUGGCUGAAAGCUUGGUGGAAAAAACACCUGAUGAGGCUGCACGCUUGGUGGAGGGAACAUCUGCCAAAAUUCAAUGUCUGGGGAAAGCAACAUCUGGAAAGUUUGAACAGUCAACAGAAGAAACACCUAGGAAAAUUUUGAGGCCUACAAAAGAAACAUCUGAGAAAUUUUCAUGGCCAGCAAAAGAAAGACCUAGGAAGAUCACAUGGGAGGAAAAAGAAACAUCUGUAAAGACUGAAUGCAUGGCAGGAGUAACACCUAAUAAAACUGAAGUUUUGGAAAAAGGUACAUCUAAUAUGAUUGCAUGUCCUACAAAAGAAACAUCUACAAAAGCAAGUACAAAUGUAUUUGGGGCACUCUAUGGAUGUGAGUUCUGUAGAGCCUAUAUUCAGUUUCUGCAUUUCCAUCUGAGUUUUUUUGGCACACGGACUAUUGAAAAUUCACAGUGUACAAAAGUUGAGGAAGACUUUAAUCUUGCUACCAAGAUUAUCUCUGUGAGUGAUACACAGAAUUAUGAGUGUUUACCUGCGGCUACAUAUCAAAAAGAAAUAAAGACAACAAAUGGCAAAAUAGAAGAGUCUCCUGAAAAGCCUUCUCACUUUGAGCCUGCCAUUGAAAUGCAAAACUCUGUUCCAAAUAAAGGCUUAGAAUGGAAGAAUAAACAAACAUUGAGAGCAGAUUCAACUACCCUAUCAAAAAUCUUGGAUGCAGUUCCUUCUUGUGAAAGAGGAAGGGAACUUAAAAAAGAUCACUGUGAACAAAUUACAGCAAAAAUGGAACAAACGAAUAAUAAGUUUUGUGUACUACAAAAGGAACUGUCAGAAGCAAAAGAAAUAAAAUCACAGUUAGAGAACCAAAAAGCUAAAUGGGAACAAGAGCUCUGCAGUGUGAGAUUGACUUUAAAUCAAGAAGAAGAGAAGAGUGUCGAUAUAUUAAAAGAAAAAAUUAGACCCAAAGAGCAACUUAGGAAAAAGUUAGAAGUGAAACAACAACUUGAAGAGGCUCUCAGAAUACAGGAUAUAGAAUUGAAAAGUGUAACAAGUAAUUUGAAUCAGGUUUCUCACACUCAUAAAAGUGAAAAUGAUCUCUUUCAUGAAAAUUGCAUGUUGAAAAAGGAAAUUGCCGUGCUAAAACUGGAAGUAGCCACACUGAAACGUCAACACCAGGUGGAGGAAAAUAAAUACUUUGAGGACAUUAAGAUUUUACAAGAAAAGAAUGCUGAACUUCAAAUGACCCUAAAACUGAAACAGAAAACAGUAACAAAAAGGGCAUCUCAGUAUAGAGAGCAGCUUAAAGUUCUGACAGCAGAGAACACGAUGCUGACUUCUAAAUUGAAGGAAAAACAAGACAAUGAAAUACUGGAGACAGAAAUUCAAUCACACCAUCCUAGACUGGCUUCUGCUUUACAAGACCAUGAUCAAAGUGCCACAUCAAGAAAAAACCAAGAACUUGCUUUCCACAGUGCAGGAGAUGAUCAUUUGCAAGGAAUAGUGAAUGUUGAUGUGAGUAAUACAAUAUAUAACAAUGAGGUGCUCCAUCAACCACUUUAUGAAGCUCAAAGGAAAUCCAAAAGCCCAAAAAUUAAUCUCAAUUAUGCAGGAGAUGAUCUAAGAGAAAAUACAUUGGUUUCGGAACAUGCACAAAGAGACCGAUGUGAAACACAGUGUCAAAUGAAGAAAGCUGAACACAUGUAUCAAAAUGAACAAGAUAAUGUGGACAAACACACUGAACAGCAGGAGUCUCUGGAGCAGAAAUUAUUUCAACUAGAAAGCAAAAAUAGGUGGCUUCGACAGCAAUUAGUUUAUGCACAUAAGAAAGUUAACAAAAGCAAGGACAAUAUUCAGUUUCUUGAGACAAAAAUGCAACGUCAUCUAAAAGAGAAAAAUGAGGAGGUAUUCAAUUAUGGUAACCAUUUAAAAGAAUGUAUAGAUCAAUAUGAAAAAGAGAAAGCAGAAAGAGAAGUAAGUAUCAAAAAAUAUAAAUACUUUUCAACCUUCCUGAAAGAAAAUGGCCUUGGCUAAAUGCUGAAUCUAGUUGAAUAUAUAUAUAUACACACACACACACAUAUAUAUAUAUAUAUGUGUGUGUAUAUAUAUACACACACAUAUAUAUGUGUAUAUAUAUAUGUAUAAAUAGAUGAUAAAUGUACUUACUAUAUCAGCUUAGAAACAUGCCUCAUUUCCACCAAAUUGAAAGCUAAGAGACAUUUUACUUUGAGUAAAGGCAUUGUGUCACUGAUGAAAUUAUAAGAGUUUAAGUUAAAGAUUUUUAAUAGAUUAACAUUAAUGACAUUGGCUUAUACUGCUGAAAUAAAGGUUUUAAUGUCUCUUUGUGGCCACAUUUUUUGACUAUAAUGAAGCAGAAAAAUGGGAAUGCCCAUAUCAGCAAUUAGUAUUUUGAAAUUAAGAUUCAGUUCAGCAAUGUACAUUGACAGUUAAUUCUAAAUUUUCCAGAGGAACAGAAGUGUAUUUGAAGUAUAUUUUGAAGUGUACAUUUCUGCAUCUUGUAACAACACUUUGUUAGUAGCUUUUUAUAUAUUUUAGUUGGUAGAAUUUUAUUUUCAUUUAUGUCAAUUUGACUUAAUCUGAACAUAUUUGAAUCUGAAAUUAUGUAUUGUUAAAACCUCUCAAUUUUUUAAAGGCAUCUGUGUUUUGUUAAAUAAUACCUUAGGACAAAUGUAGUGGAUUUUAGCAAUAUCAAAUUUGAUUUAAUCACCCCACUGGUAUUCAUAAUUUAUUUUGAAUAUUGUUACAAAUCAUUUGCUCAUAAUUUCUAUUUCAAGGCUCAAAAACUAUCAUGUGGAUAGAACUUUGUCCCACAGAAAGAUGAUUGUAGCUAUCUGUGAUUUAUUAGCUUUGCAUUGGAUCCCCAUUUUUCAAUUCAUAAGGGGUGGCAGGGUUCAUGUAUAGUACAAAAGAAGUGAGUAGAGGAGAGAAACAUAGGAGCUGAGGUCAGGAGGGAUGUGGAGACCAGGUUACCAAGGGCCUGUAAAGUUUGAAAUAAAAAUACUUUUAUUCUGAGAUAAAAAUCUAUUGGAAAAAUUUCAGCAGGUGAUUGAAUAUGUGAGGAACUUUGACGUUGAUUUGUGCUUCUAAUACAGAAGAAGGAAAGAAUUCCACUGUGUAGAAUUUACCACCACUAGUCCUGCCAUUUUUUUUUUGAGACUUCUGUAAGUUGUGAAGAAUUACAGAUUCAUUAAGGGAAAAAAUUACUAGUGAGAUGAAUCUUGUGUCUAGUAAGACAGUACCAAUUUGGCAGAAAGAUUACACCUUCUUGUGUCCUUAAGUAAAUUCACUAACAAGGAGCAAUGUGCACAAAUGAAGAAAAUAAACUGAAUCAAUAUAUUUGGGGAUACUUUUGAAAGUAAAUAUUGUUAAUUUGAUAAGAUGAUUUACGAAAUCAAAAACAUGUCUUGUCAGGUCAUUGUGAGACAACUUCAAAAAAAAUUGGCUGAUCUUAAUAAACAGUGUGAGGCUUCACUAGAGGUUACAUCACAUUCUCACUCUCUGAGGCAUCAAUAGAGGCUACAUCACAUUAUCACAUUAAUCUCAAAGGUGAGAUACAGGAUUUAAUGAGGAAAUGAUUUCAAAUCAAAAGUCAAGUGUGUGUUAAAUGUGACAUGCCAACAGUGAGUCUAUAACUGGUUAAAUAAUAUAAAUUGUUUUAUGAUACUAAUAUCCAUGGGAAGACUUCUUUUAUAUGUUCAUUACAAUUAGUUUUAUUACAAUUUUAUUAUUUUUAUAAAGUGCUUAUUUUUAAAACUGUG